AUGGGAAAUCAUCGGAAAAAUCCAAAUAGUGUUCAAGCUCAAAACAAUGCUCAAAUUCAAAACAAUAACCAAGAAUCGGACUCGGAGUAUGUGCAAGGUAGUGAUGAAGAAGAUAUCGAUGAUGGUUUUGAGUAUUCUACCCACCACCCAAAUGUGAAAUGGAACAUAAUGAAACAGGUGUUUCGUGAAAGGUAUGAAUCCCCACAUGAGUUGAAAUUAUGUUUAACUAACCAUGUUAUUAGUAAGGGUUAUCAAAUUCAUUUCAAAAAGUGUGAUGGUGUUAGACCAGUGGCAAUAUAUGGUAGCGAUCCAAAGAAGUGCCCAUUCAUGGUUAGGGUUUCUUGGACGAGUACUGAGAGGUCAUCCCAAGUAAAAAAGAUUGUAGACCUACAUACAUGUGUUAGGAGUUUUAGCAAUUCAAAGCUUAUGAAAUCUACUUAG